UUAAUCUUUCUCUCCACAUUUUUCUUGUUACAUUUGUCUAACCGAUCUCAGUUUCCAAAAAUGCGUGAAAUCCUUCAUAUCCAAGGUGGACAAUGAGGCAACCAAAUCGGUGCCAAGUUUUGGGAAGUUGUAUGUGCAGAACACGGCAUUGAUUCAACAGGCCGUUACGACGGAGAUUCCGAUCUCCAGCUCGAAAGAAUCAAUGUCUAUUAUAAUGAAGCAACAUGUGGUAGAUUUGUACCUAGAGCUGUUUUAAUGGACCUUGAACCUGGGACUAUGGAUAGUAUUAGAUCUGGUCCUUAUGGACAGAUAUUUAGGCCAGAUAACUUUGUUUUUGGACAAUCUGGUGCUGGCAAUAAUUGGGCUAAAGGACAUUAUACUGAAGGAGCUGAAUUAAUUGAUGCUGUUCUUGAUGUUGUCAGGAAAGAAGCUGAAAACUGUGAUUGUCUUCAAGGAUUUCAAGUGUGCCAUUCAUUGGGUGGAGGAACAGGGUCUGGUAUGGGAACGCUUUUGAUCUCCAAGAUCAGAGAAGAAUAUCCUGAUAGAAUGAUGCUUACCUUCUCGGUGUUCCCGUCACCUAAGGUUUCAGACACUGUUGUUGAGCCUUAUAAUGCUACCUUAUCUGUGCAUCAAUUGGUUGAAAACGCCGAUGAAUGCAUGGUCCUUGACAAUGAGGCUUUGUAUGAUAUCUGUUUCAGAACCCUAAAGCUUACCACCCCAAGCUUUGGAGAUCUAAAUCAUCUUAUAUCAGCUACAAUGUCUGGUGUCACCUGUUGUCUGCGUUUCCCUGGGCAGUUGAACUCUGAUCUUAGAAAAUUAGCCGUGAAUCUAAUUCCAUUCCCAAGGCUUCACUUCUUUAUGGUUGGUUUUGCACCAUUGACUUCACGUGGUUCUCAGCAAUACCGAGCUUUGACAGUGCCAGAACUUACCCAACAAAUGUGGGAUGCCAAGAACAUGAUGUGUGCAGCUGACCCACGUCAUGGAAGAUACUUGACCGCUUCUGCUAUGUUCAGGGGUAAAAUGAGCACGAAAGAGGUGGAUGAGCAGAUGCUUAACGUGCAAAACAAGAACUCUUCCUACUUUGUUGAGUGGAUUCCAAACAAUGUAAAGUCCACUGUUUGUGAUAUCCCACCAACCGGGCUUAAGAUGGCAUCUACCUUCAUUGGGAACUCAACAUCUAUCCAAGAGAUGUUUAGGCGUGUGAGCGAGCAGUUCACUGCUAUGUUCAGGAGAAAGGCUUUCUUGCAUUGGUACACUGGGGAAGGAAUGGACGAAAUGGAGUUCACCGAGGCAGAAAGUAACAUGAAUGAUCUGGUUUCUGAGUAUCAGCAGUACCAGGAUGCCACCGCUGACGAGGAGGGUGAGUAUUAUGAGGAAGAUGAAGAGGAUAUCAAUGAGGCUUAAUUUGGACGAUGCCAAACCACAAUUUCCAGUUGAUGGUCUUUUGGCAAUGGCAAUGUAAUGUGUCUUGAUAGCUUCAGUGCUAUCAUGUAAUUUUCCUGUUUGUGUCAAAGACAAUCUGUAGUAUUGUAACAGUAGUACUUGUUUCUGGUGGUUGUGGUGUUCAAUCGUACUUAUCUUGGUUUUAUGAAUAUGAUUCUAGUGCUCUAUUA